ACGUCAAGUCGAAAGUCGACCUAAACAACCCUAGAGGAGAAAUAUGGGGAAUUACAAGAAUUAAAAUAAAAAUAUUGAGUUGUUCAUUAAAAUACAAAGUUUUGAUACAAAACUGCCAUUACGUUGUCGAUAAAACAAUAGACGGAAUACAAAGUGCAUUUAAAGCAAUGCCAAACAUUAAACCAACCACCGAAAAAGCUCCAGGUGCUUGCAAAGAUAUUUCAAUUGUUGUUGGAAGUCCAUUGCCAUUAUCUAUUACAACCGAAAUGGCCAAGAAAUCCAUAUCGCGUGCAACAGUUAUGGUUAAAAAUGAAAUGAUAGGGGUACCGACGUCAAAUGCCCCUGUUGUGGUUAAAAAUGAAACGGUAAAAGUUCCAACGCCAAAUGCUACAGUUAUUGUAAAAAGGGAAAUGAAACCGCCCAUUCAAAAUGACAUGGAACAAAAACCAUCGCACAUCUACCAACAGCGGAAAUAUAUGUUAAACGAAUAUAAGGAGCUAUUCAGUGUUCUUAUGCGAUUCUCAGAUAAAGAAAUAUCACAAAAAGUGGUUCGUUGUCUUAAUGCCAAAUAUGCCAAUAAAGAAACGCAGACUGAUCCAGUUGAAAUAUUGGAAACCAGCAGUUCAAAGGAAUUAGUUCCACCAGUAAAUACUAAUACAACAGAAUCAACACCAACAUCGCCAAACAACUCAAGACCGCCAACACCUAAGAAACGAAAACGUAGACGUAAAGUGGCAGAGCCACAGGCUAAUAAAGAAUCUCGUGUUGCACAGCGGUCAUUAUUGUCGGAAAAAAGCGUACAGCGAAAACCGUCAUCACAAACACCGGAGAUCGCCCAAUCAAAUAAUGACUGCCCUGCGAAACGGCGGCGAUCGAACUCGGUAUGUUCAAACGAUUCAACUCUUUUUAAUAUGAUCACUGAUAUGGAUUUAAGUAGAAAAGACGAAUUGUAUGAAAGUUUUAUUAAAGACUGCAUAAUAGCUGAUGUACCGUUGGAAAAUGGCUUGUUGCCUAUUUACGAUUGCAUUGUGAGAGAUCAAGAUAGAACUUUAAAAACACAAAUCCUCAUUUGGAAAGAAUAUAAACGAGUAGACUUAAAUGAGCUAAUAACAGACGAUGAUGAGGAUUUGUUACAAUUAGCCAUCAAUAACAAUCGCUCACCCCCAAUUAUAAAACUUUUGCUGACCAAUGGUUUACGUCCUAAUAGUGUUGAUUGUCAGGGCAACAACAUUAUACACUUGUGCGUUUUAAAUGAUUUAGUUCCCGACUCUAUGGAUCAUUUAAUGUCACAUAUAGACUUGAAAAUGCUGCUUGAAUUGAACAAUGAUGGCUAUACAUGUCUGCAAUUAGCAGUGCGACAAGAUAAUUUUCUAUUGGCCGAAUGUAUAUUGAAUGGAGUGGAUAAACGGUUGUCUGGAAGUAUAUUCUAUACGCGUAACUACAAUAAAAUUGAAUCAGAUGAAAAAACUAUGAAGCUGGAUUUUAAGGAUUAUUAUAAAAAAGUCUGCCAAGAUAUGAUUGUGGAGGAUAAUGUGGCGUCCGCUAAUGGAAACAUUAUAAAGAAUUCUGAUUUAAAACAAAAGUUAUUGCAAGUUACUGAUGUGCGUAGCGGCUCCACAGCGUUAUUCUUUGCCAUUGAAAAUCAAUCGGAGCAUUUAAUAUAUUUUCUUCUGGCACAUUUGAGUGAUCCACGAACAGAAAAUCUUAGUGGUCAAGAUUGUAAGACAUUUUUCAAUGAAUUUGGUAAAUCAUUAAAGUUAAGCUUAGAUAUAGAUAGUGCAAUGGAAAGGGUUAUACAAUUAUUGUCAUAGUAAAAUUACAAAAUUACGAAUCUAAUAAGUAAAUUAACCCCAUGAGUUGCUGUCGUUUAUGA